GAGAGAGAGUAAAGUUGAAUGAUUAACUGUCUAGAUAAAGUAAGCGACAAACAGCAGUGGAGAGUGGAGAGGGAAAGAGCAGUAAAACAGGGAAGGGUGAAAGACAGAAAAUAAAAGGACUCUAAGAAACCGCAGGACAAACCAGCUUAUUCAUCUGUUAAUAAAAUAAUUCCCAUAUGGAAGAGAUUAGUGAACAGCCCAGGAAGAUUGAACUAAAUGAUGGCAACUUGAUGCCACUGCUGGGCCUGGGGACAUGGAAGGGAAAGGACACAAGCUCAGAACUGUGUCAAGGUGCAGCUGAGACAGCUAUAGCUGCUGGUUACCGUCACUUGGACACGGCCUACAGUUACCAGAAUGAGGUGGAGCUGGGGAAGGCGAUCCAUUCCAAAAUGAAGCAGGGCAUCAUUAGGCGUCAGGACAUGUUCAUCGUGAGUAAGUUGUGGGGCACUCAUCAUGCCCCUAAGGACAUCCCUCUGUGUCUGAAUAAAUCUCUCAGUGACCUGCAACUCGAGUACCUGGACCUGUACCUGGUGCACUUUCCCGUGGGACUACAGAAAGUUGAUAAUGACCUCUUUCCAAUGAAGGAUGGAAAGAUAAUCACUUCAGACAUUGAUUAUGUGGAUGUGUGGCAGGGGAUGGAAGCCCUGAAGGCCUCUGGAAAAGUAAAGAGUAUUGGUGUGUCCAACUUCUCAAUCCAACAACUGGAAAGGCUGCUGUCUGUGGCUAAAAUUCCACCAGCUGUCAAUCAGGUAGAGCUUCAUCCUUAUCUUGUGCAGUCUGAUCUGAUUGAAUAUUGUAAAUCGAAGAACAUUACUCUCACAGCCUAUAGUCCCUUUGGCUCACCAGGAAGACCCAAAGAGUAUCUUAGAGGAGACAAAGAUCCUGAAAAGCUGCUGGAAGACCCUGUUGUUGGGGAAAUUGCUGCAAAACACAGACGGACUCCUGCACAGAUUUUGCUGAGGUAUCACAUUGAACAGAAUAUUCCAGUGAUUCCAAAGAGUGUUAAACCCAACCAUAUUCUGGAGAACACAAAGAUCUUUGAUUUCUGCCUGGACUUGGAGGAUAUGAGUGCACUCAGGUCUCUGAAUCGUGACUGGAGGGCCUGCAUCAUUGAAGAGUUGGAAUCUCAUCCUUACUACCCCUUUAAGUAAAAUGUUGUUAGUAGUGGAUAAUUGAGACGGAAGCUCACUGCGUCUCAUCGUGAGUGCAGCUGUUCUGAUGACAGAAAAAUGAUGACAGAUUAUCAACAAAGGCAUUUAACUUGCUCAACUAAUUGUCUGAAUUAAAAUACUCACAAGAGUGUUAGUGCCAAACUGGGAUUGCAACAUACACUGUGCUAAACUGAGCCUUAGAGAGAAUGAAUAAACAUCUUUUUGUUGUUUACCAA